UUCAUUGAUGUGAAAAUUUUUAAAAUAUUUCACAAGAAAGGAAGAAAAUAUUCUGCUAAAUUGAUUUAUAACCUAUUUGAAUGGCUCAAAAACGUGUCGCUGUUAUCGGCGCUGGUGCCGCGGGGCUCGCGAUGUGUAGAUAUCUUGUGAAUGAGCCACAAAUCGACUUUGUUGCCUUCGAAAAAGCCAACGCAGUUGCAGGAAUAUGGCGUUACACGAAAGAAAAUGGCAAAGCGAUUAAUGAACAUGAUAUUACCCCGAUGUACAAGAACCUUAGGACAAAUUUACCCAAACAGGUGAUGGCGUUUCCUGAUUUACCAUUUCCAAAUGAACUACCAUCAUUUAUAACAAACCAAGACGUGGUGCAAUACUUAGAUACAUAUGCAGAAUGCUUUGGUCUCAAGAAGUAUAUCAAAUUGAACCAUUUGGUUACCUCAGUGAAGCCGAUAAUUGAUGGAAGUGAUGCAGAACCAAGUUGGGAUGUUGUUGUGAAAGAUUUAAAAACUGAAGCAGUUGAGAAAUUUGUUUUUGAUGCAGUGGUUGUCUGCAAUGGCCAUUUUGCAGUUCCAAAGUUUCCAGAGUUCCCUGGAAUGGACACAUUUCCUGGAAAUGUGAUCCAUAGUCUUGACUAUGACAAACAAGACAACUACCAAGAUGAAACAGUUGUUGUGCUAGGUGCUGGUUCUUCUGGGCUGGAUAUAGCUAUGGAACUUUCACAGGUUUCCAAGAAAGUUUACCUGGUACAUUUAUAUAACAAGAUCGCAAGUGAAUUGCCAAAAAAUGUCCAGGAGAUCAGUGGCACGAUAACUGCUUGUUUUGCUAAUGGUAGUGUUGAGAUUAACCAUGAUGAAUUAUUAGAAAAAGUGAAUGCAAUUAUUAUAUGCACUGGCUACCACUAUUCAUUCCCAUUUUUGAAACAAGAAUGUGGGAUUAAUGUAAAAAAUAAUGCUAUCUUUUCAUUGUACAAACAUAUCUUUUGUACAAAAUAUCCAAGUUUAGCAUUUGUUGGAAUUUGCAUUAGGAUAUCUCCAUUUCCAUUCUUCAGUGCACAAGCGCAGUGCAUCGCAUCAGUUUUAUGUGGAAGGAAAACGUUGCCCAGUUUUGACGAAAUGGUAAAAGAUGAAGAGUCGGAUUAUCAGGACAGGUUACAACAGGGAAUUACAAAACAUUUAUUAGGCCCUGAGCGACAAUUUAAGUACUGUACUAUGCUUGCGGAAAUGACAGAAGUUCCUUGUGCAAUAUCUCAGACAGUUCAUUCAUUAUUUGUUUAUACUUGCAAAAUUAGAUCACAAAGAUUAGCCACUUACAAAAACUCUAACUUUGUACUUAACGGAAAUGAAUGGCAAACGGUGAAAAAUGUUAUAUAACAUAAAUUUGAUUAAUUAAAUUUUGAUCAUAUCUUGGA